AUGGGUUGGGUUCUCCUGGCGGGGAUGAUCAUCAUGAGCGGGAUUCUGCAGUGUUAUCUGUCGUUGGCCUUUCUGGUGGCCAUUCCCGCGACUGGCCUUGUCGUCUCUGUCUUGUUUGGGAGCAGGCCCCGGAGACUACUUGUCGAUGGGCACAGUUCGUACAACCGGCUCGUCCUGGUGACAAAACAUAUGAACCACAUGGACUGGACCGUGUUCUAUGGCGAGAGCACUAUCGUGAACUCCCUGCUCAACAGACCGCUGGAGCACACGGGCGCUACAGUGCCUCCGCUGGCGGCUAGCUGGUUGCGAGUAAUGCUGCGAAUCCUCAUUCUCGGCCAGUGGGGGCUUGUAAUUGCAGUGGCAGCGCUGCAGGAAUGGGACGCUUUCUUCAUCACCUUCUGGCUGGUCUUUUGCAUCCUUUCACAUGCGUACAUACUGCCGCCGAGUGCCGGGGCGAAGGACUGGAUGAGGUUCAACGCACGAAUCCAGAUUGAGCGCUUCGGAACGCAGGUUAGCUCGCGCAGAGCCCUGCUGAAUACGAUCGUUGCACUGAAUCCUGAUUCGUUUGCUUGGUCGCCCUCCAAGCAGCAGGAGGACCGGACUAAGCUUGACAGAGGCGGAAUGAGGUGGGUGGACCCGGUGCUGGCUCCGAGCGACAGCCGCUCCCAGUGGGAAGAGGCAACACGACGAGCCAUGAACGAGGCUGCGGAGAGAUACUCUAAUGCAGAGCUGGCCUCGUCGGUGUGGCACGAAAAGAAAGGAGAUGUUUUGAGCGCGAAGUGGAAUUCAGACUAUCCCAGCGGCAGCAGAAAUUACUGGAAGCCAUUCAUUCUGGAGGGCAUCCACAUGGCAGCCAAGAUUCGACAGGAAGCAGCCGUACCAGGUCGGACAGUCCGGACGGAGACAGGGUAA